AUGGAUAGUUCACUGAAGGCCAAUUUGGAGCACCUGGGCCAGGAGAAGGCCCUCAUUGCCUCUGGACAGCAGCUGGUAGGAGAGCUCAUUCAGGACAUCACAAAGAAAAUGGAAAAUGUGAGUGAGCAUCUACAGAUCCACAGCUCGGAGGUGCAGGACAGCCACAGCGCCAUCGUCAAAGACCUCGCUGACGUCCGACACCAAGCUCAGGACAUCUACCAGAGAAUUGACCACAGCAUGUCCGAGUUCCUGCAGUACCAAGACCAGACCAUGCAGUACUGUGCUGACCUGAUGAGGAAGCUGGAGCGCAUGAACAGCACGCUGGGAGUUGCGUUACUGUCAGCGUUAGGCGGAGCCCUCAUCAUGUCCAGCAAGUAUGAAGAAUCUAUGAUGAAGUAUGUGGGCGUGACAGCUGUUCGAAGUGAAACGGCGGGCUCUGAAACGCGCGCCAAAGUUUGA